CCUCUCUGCUCUUUCCAUCCAUCCCCCUCUUUAUUUCCUUAUUUUCUUUAACAAAAUAAAAUUAAGCCAACCAGAGCCACGUUCCCACUCGCUAUGUACGGACAGCCAACAUUCUCCUCCUCCUCCGAGUUUCUCUGUGACUUACUGACAUAUCCCCACGUCAUGUCGUCGCCGUUAAGUCCGCUAUCUCAACUCACUGUAUCCAACUCAGCGACCGAGGUGGUUCAGAGCAGCAGCAGCGGGAGUUACAGUUCCCCGAGCUCGCUAGCGAGUUGCUGCACACAGAGACCCCUUCAAAGAAAUGAGCUUCGUUGUCGUUUUGCCUCAAGCCUUAACGACUUCAUUGACUCCGGUUCUGGUCCGGUGAGGAGAGUUUUCAGUACCGGUGAUCUGCACCAGGUUCAGCAAUGUGGUAGGAGGGCAGAGAGUCAAUUGUCUGAGAGCAAUGCAAUCAUUGAAGGAAUGAGCAGAGCCUGCCGCUACAGUCCCCAGGAAAAGAGAGAGAGGAUUCAAAGAUACCGAACCAAAAGGAAUCACAGGAAUUUCAAUAAAAAGAUUAAGUAUGCAUGUAGGAAAAGAUUGGCAGACAGCAGGCCACGCAUCCGAGGGCGGUUCAUAAGAAAUACAGAAAUUGAAAACGAUCCUCAAGUUGAAUGGAGCCGCUUAGAUGAAGAUGAUGAUAUUAGUUGGAUUGCCUUUCUAGAUAUUCACUCCCACCAACUGCUUCCUAAUCCUUAA